AUGCCCUCGUCUCCUCCUCCCAAUCCCGUAGGAACUCCUGAGGAUGAAGGAUUCAGCGAUGAGAUGGAGCCCGUUAGAGUUGCAAUCCGGGCACUGGUCCAGGCCAAUCACGACCUCGUGCAUCGCUUGCACCAACUCGAGACAUCUCAGAAUGAUCUCUGGGACCAUGCCAAGAGGGCGGAGGCUGUAAAUCAGCAACUGGACUCAUUCCUCCAGGAUGAGCUGCAAUGUCCCUGCUGUAACCGUAUCAUGUGGAUCCCAUAUCAAAUGCAGUGCGGUCAUAGUGCCUGUUUCCAUUGCUGCACAUCAUGGUACCAGCACCAGCACACGACGUUCGAGAGAGAUCAUCCAGGCUACAAUCCCAGAGCUCCCGUAUCACCCUCCUUCCUGUUUGACCCUCUGGCCACUAGCCGUCACGUGGAGCUCUGGGAAUUCGCCGCACUGGUGUUUCUUCUCCUUCAUCCACCAACGACCCGUCCUCAGUAUACGUGUCCGUGUUGCCCAAGGGAGCUGACCAUCCCUCCCAUCGAGAAUCGUCCUCUCAGGAACAUUGUCUAUGCCUGGGCACAACAUCGAGGGCUGCGCACACCUCCGCCUGUUCUCCGGAGUGACUGGGGCAUACCCCUCAACCACCUGACUUUGGUGCCUGGCUGGUCCUCCCUGUCUAGCCGACUGUGUCAGGCAUUGAAUCGAGAGAAGGAGACCGUGCACCGUUAUCAGGAGGAUGCUGAUUUUCUCUGGGGUGAACUUCAUCGAGCGAGCGAGCACAUCGCUUCUCUCGAGUGGCGUCUGACGAUGCAGAUUGCCUAUACACGAGCACUCACCCGUCGACGCAGGAAUGCUGCUUGCCAUGCGGGUCGCACAGAAGAGGAAUUAAGGCACAUCGAGGAACAGCGCACCUGUGAUGAAGGCAUGUUCGAUGCGCAAUGGGAGGAAAACCGUGCGUUGAGGUUUCGUCUGGCAAGGCUGGAAUUGCGCGAGGUCCUGUCCGGCACUGCUGAGGACAAUAAUCGCCAGGGUCAAACAUGGGAGGAGUCACUCACCUGUGAGUUCUGUUACGGUACUCUCUGCUGCACGCUUGCGUUACGAGAGUGUGGUCAUAGCUUUUGUGUGCCUUGUCUAUGGGUGUGGUUCAAGAGAGAAUUGUCAUCGCACCCCGACAUUCUCAGGCAACCUACUUGUCCUGAAUGUCAUGUGAAGGUGCUCUACCACCCAACGAUAGACUAUCGCCUGCAAAACGUUGCUUCUCAGCUCUCUCGGGUUUUCCCUCAGAGUGAUUGUGAGGGUGGUUUGGCUCACAAGUUAGGAUAUCGGGGGUCUACAAGCUGGGAUGACUUUGACGCACAGCUCCGCAAGCUGGUAGAAGACGGAGUAGAGCUGAGGUAG